UAAUCCACUGAAAAUAGCAAACACAGAUACACAAUUGAAGUGUAAGGAAAUUAGAUCCCCUUUCUACAAAUCUCAAGUGAAAAUUUCAACAUGCAAUUUGGGGAUCAAACUUCUCGAAGGAAGAGAAACAUCAAGUGCUGGGCAUGUAUAGUUGCCGGUGUCAUAGCACAGACCAUAAUCAUUUUGCUCUUCGUCCUGCUGGUAAUGCGUAUUCGAAAUCCCAAGGUUCGUUUGGAAGGGGUCAUUGUAGAAAAUGUCAAACUCGAUUCUUCACCUUCCAAACCCUCUUUCACCAUGAAACUUAAUGCUCAAGUUGCUGUCAAGAACACCAAUUUCGGUCACUUCAAAUUCAAGAACAGCACUUUCACAGUUUCUUACAAGGGCACUCCUGUUGGUGAGGCUACGAUUGUUAAGGCUCGUGCCAGGGCUCGAUCGACCAAGAAGUUUAAUGUGACGGUAUUAGUGAGUUCAAACAAUAAGAUAUUGAGAGAUUCAAACCAGAUAAGUUCUGAUAUUGAUUCUGGGAUCAUAAAUUUGAGCAGCCAUGCCAAGCUGGAAGGAAAGAUACAUUUGUUCAGGAUAUUCAAGAAAAAGAAAUCAGCCGAAAUGAAUUGCACCAUGGACGUUAACACCACGUUGAAACAAAUCCAGAAUUUGACAUGCAAAUGAUGAGGUGCAAUCAAAUUGUUCAAUUUAAUUUUUCUAAUUAUUUUCCGUUUAAUUUUCUGAUCAAAAUGGCUUUGAACUUUUUACUGAUUUGUUUUCUGUGUGAAGCUACAUUGUAAGACAAUGAACAUUGCACUGUAUUUGCUAUUUCUUUAGUUUGUAGUCUUGUAUGUUCGAAUUAAUUAAUUUUUGGGGUUUCAAAUUGGUAUCCUUUGGUCGCAUUCUUUACUUCAAGACGAGUCUUCCUUUGAUACUUCAAGAAUCAAGAUGAGUACAUUUCAAACUUUGGAUCGAACUUUUCCUGUUUUAUGCUUUGCUUCCACUUUCAAUUCUAUGUUUGAUAGCCCUUUUCUUAUGUUGUCCAGAAUCACUUGCAGAGUAUGCAAGCUAAUUAGGAGGUAAGAGGUAAAAACUACGCAAUUUUUUAAAAAAUUACAUACCAACGUACAUAUAUAACUCCAAACCGAACAUUUAGUCAAGUGGUUGAUGCAUGAUCUUCUGCUUAAGAGAACAGAGUUUAAAUCUUCUUCCUCAUAAUAAUAAAAAAUAUAUAUAAUUUACAAAUUGAG